CUCCAACCUCAACCUCAACUCCAGCUUUGUCGCAUCUCGUCUCCUCAUUGCCCCGUGCAUCUCAUCCGACACGUCCCAUUUUUGCUACUGCAGCCACCGUUGUCUCUUACCUGUACAAUUUUUUAUCUGUAUCGCUAGGUCCCUACAUCUCCGCGCGUGUACACCGCCCAUACGCUUCGCUCGUCUCACUGUCCAGUAGCUGGCCAAGUUCGUGUGUCUUUCGUCCAACGCUGUGGUCGCAAUGUUCCAGCCGCAUCCAGAGGAGCAUCUUCACCUCCGCCUCCACCGGGCACGUUCCGUAGUCUUAACAACACAGGAGCUUGUCGAGAUCCGCGCUGCCCAACGCACAUUCGAGGGCGCUUACGUCAGAACUGCCCUCGGCCAGUUUUCCUUCGCUCUCAUCAUUCUCAAGGUCUUCACCUCGGAGUUCUAUCCCAUCGGUGCCUUGUUUGCUGUCUAUGGCGUUGCCGUGAUGCUGGUCGCCAUCUAUCGCCGCUUCGAGGGCAAUCAUCAGUUCUUCACUGCCAAAUAUGCGGAUGGAAGUCUCGAGCGCAAGUUUCGGACGAGUGGCAACAGUGUAGCCCUGUUAACAGCCCUCAGUUUGAGUGCUUAUGUGACAUUAAUGGUCUUGACGUGGCAUCUUAUAUCAUAGGCUAAGCAAGAUGAUCCUCAUAGUGUUUACCCUUAUAUAUAUAAGUGGCCCCUUUCAGGCUUUUGAGGUUCCGAUGUAUGAUGAAUUGGAAAGGACUUUGGAUUCAUUCAUGAACAUAUAGAUAUUUAAGCUUCAGCCUGGGGUUCCAAUCAACAAAUUUGUAAUUCCACUACCUUCUGAAGCGUGAUGGUUCAAGCUACCAGUUCAACUCCAU